AAUGGGAGGGAGGGAGGUGGUCAUGGAGGUGGUCAGGUUUCACUGGUGGACGUGCCUUGAUGGCGUCCGGCAGCAGAACGCUAGAGGUAAAGUUUGCUCUGCAGAGAGCAAAGAAGAAGAUCAGCAAUCUGCAGCAGGAGCUGAACAAAGAAGCUCGAUCAGAAGAGACAUGGACGCCCAGCAAGGAGCUCAGGGACUCUCUGGUGGACAUGUACAAAGUUAAUCCCAGAGUGAACGUGGAGCUGAGACAUCGUCUUCCUUCACCUGCCAGACGCCAACCCCCCCCGUCCGACAGACACAACCAGGACCAGGACCUGAACCAGGACAAGAACCUGAACCAGGACCAGGACCUGAACCAGGACCAGGACGUGAACCAGGAACAGUGUCCUCAGGCCUCUCCUCUCCACAGGAGCUCUGUGUCUCUGUUGUCCUCGAGGCCUUCAGGAGGUACAGGGGGGAUGGAGAGGGACAUGUCCCCCAGCAGAGGCCCUUCACCUCAUGUAGCGAGCUGCAGAGAUGCCCACGGUGGAGAUGGAGUACAGAGAGCUCCUGGAAGUCCUGUUCUGAGAAGACACGUGGACAUUGACGACAGUUUUCAUCAGGAUGUCGUGAUCGGUCGCGUUCAGAGUUUUGAUCGAGACAAAAACAUCUCGUUUCUACUGAAAGAGCUGGACACUGUCAGACGGACCAAUCACAGGUUGCAGGCGGAGCUGCUUCAAAAAGAUAAGGAGCUGGAGAGAAGACGAUUUGAGGAGGAGCUGAGAAAGGAGGAGAGGGAGAGACCUGCAGUUGUCUUGGAAGAGGUGUGGUCGGCUCAGAAGGACAGAGAUCAGGCUAUGAUGUCACGACUCCUGUUGGCCAAUGAGGAGAGAGACGAGGCUUUGCUUCAUGCAAGUCGACUUCUACAGGCGGCUGAGUACGACACACACAUGUUGGAGAAAAUAAACCUGGACGACACGAACAUGGAAGUGGACGAGCUGCUUCAGUGUGUCUGUGAUGCAGACUCCGCCCAGGAAGUGGAAGAGUUCGGGUCAGUGCUGGUUCAGCGUCUGCGAUUGGCUCAGCAACGUCGCGAUGACAUCACUGCUCAGGAGAUGAAGGCUGUGAUGGAGGAGAGAGACGGCUCCGUUGCCAAGUUCAAACAUCUGGAACAGGAUCUUAUUCGGGAGAGAGAGAGAAGGACGACCAAGGAUGAGCUGCUGAGGCGUCAGACAGAGAGAGGCGGGGCUCUGGACGACAGGCGAAGGCUGGAGGCGGAGCUGCAGGCAUUACGAGCCAAUCACAGCUCUUCUCCCUUGUUGUUCCACGAUGACUCUCAGGUGAGUUCCCCGGAGGCCCCGCCCCUUUCGGCCCAGAUGCAGCAGCUGUCAAAGGAGAAGCAGAGUGUGGAGGCGGAGCUUCAGCGCUGUCAGGGGGCAGAACGAGAGGCCAGCGAGAGAGUCCUCAGGCUGGAGCGUCUGGUCGAGGUUCUGAGGAAGAAAGUUGGGACAGGAAGCGUCCGAGCCGUCAUCUGAUCCCCGACUCUUCUUUUUGUUUUUAUUAACUUUUUAUUUGAAUAUUCUUUCUCUUACUUUGGAUGGUUCUCGUUUGUUGCCUCAAACUGUUGUAAAACCAAAAACCAUGUUUUCAGGAGUCCUGCAGACGGAACUCUUUCGGUCUGACAGAGGAAACGUGGAAACUGAGCAUGAGCUCUGAUCAUAUUUUAAAGCCCUGAUCACAUAUAUAUUUCACUAUCUGUAUAUAUAUAUAUAUUAUGAAAAAAUAUAUAUAUUUUUGGGUUUAUAUAUAUAUAUAUAUAUAUAUAUAUAUAUAAACCCAUAAAAUAGGCAGUUUUUACUGUGAGAUGUUUGAUUUUGUUGUGACAAGAAAUAAAAUGAUAAUUUCCAUGUU